UGUCUAGUCUAUUUUGUUCAGUUACAUUGCGAAAUAAUUUGUAUUAAAUAAUAUAUAUCUUAGUUCUUAGUUCCAGUUCAGCAUGUCUUGUUCUCAUAUCGACAAGAGUUCCAAAUUACCUUGCGAGACAAGUGGAUGUCCGAGAUGUAAUGAGCUGAAUGCUAAAAUCAAUGCGGACAAAGCAAGUUAUUUGGCUCCAAACUCGUAUAAUUAUAAACUAGAAAUCAUGUGGACAAAUGUAAUAAUAUUUGUAAUUUUGCAUUCGUUGGCUCUAUAUGGUCUAAUUCUUAUAUUUACUGGUCAAGUGGGAUGGAAAGCUAUAUUGUUUAAUACUGUCUAUGCGCUUCUUUCUGCCUUGGGAAUAACCGCAGGUGUACACCGAUUAUGGACGCACAGAUCAUAUAAAGCGAACUUACCUUUAAGAAUAUUUCUGAUGCUCUGUCAAUCUGCUACUUUGCAAAAUGAUAUUUAUGUCUGGGCUCGUGAUCAUAGAGUACAUCACAAAUAUACAGACACUGAUGCUGAUCCACAUAAUGUAAAUAGAGGAUUUUUCUUUUCCCAUGUUGGAUGGUUGUUAUGCAAAAAGCAUAAGGAUGUUAUUGAAAAAGGCAAAACAAUCGAUAUGUCCGACGUGCUAGCAGACCCUGUGGUCCAAUUCCAAAGAAGGCAUUAUUUAAAAUUGAUUUUCUUAGCUACUUUAGUAAUACCUAUGUUGGUCAGUUGUUACUUGGGUGAAAGUGUAUGGAUUUCAUUUGUCUUGGCUGUCAGCAAAUAUGUUUAUACUCUACAUGUAACGUGGAGUUUAAAUAGCGUUGCUCAUAUGUUUGGAUCAAAACCGUAUAAUAAGCAUAUUAAAGCAGUAGAAAAUGUAACUCUGGGCGUUCUGUGCAUAGGCGAAGGAUGGCAUAAUUUCCAUCACUGCUUCCCGUGGGAUUAUAGGACUGGUGAAUUUGGAAGCUACGGAUCUAAUCUUAGUGCGGGAUUUUUAGAUUUGAUGGCUAAAGUUGGCUGGGCUACUGAACUGAAAAUUGCAAGUGAUGAUCUCAUAAUGAAAACAAGUCUUAAAAAUGGAGACGGUACCUGGCAUAGCGUAAUUAAAGAAAACAAUAAUAAUUUAAUAGGCAACAAAAAUGUAAAAAUAAAUUACUCUAAUCACACAUGGGGAUGGGGAGAUCCGGAUAUGAAAGAUGAAGAGAGUAACGCCAUAAAAAUAUUAAAUUCUUGAGGGACUGAUUUUAUCCUAGACCGGGAUAUAUUGAUUCAAGCAAUUUUUACUUUUAAGGUGUUUGUAUUUUGUAUUAGUUUUUUUAUUAAAUGAUUUUAUAAAAAGAUA